GAUGGACGGAGUCGAGAGCAAAGGAACCGAGAUGAACCCCGAGAGCCCAGCACCAGAGGAACCCGGGAAGGGAGAUGAACGACCCAAGUGGGACAACAAGGUUCAGUACCUGCUGACCUGCAUCGGAUUUGCUGUGGGUUUGGGGAACGUGUGGAGGUUCCCGUAUCUGUGUCAGGUGUACGGAGGAGGUGCGUUCCUGAUCCCGUAUCUCAUCGCCCUGGUGUUGGAGGGUCUUCCUCUGCUUCACAUGGAGCUGGCCAUCGGACAGAGGCUCAGGAUGGGCAGCAUUGGGGUGUGGAACUCCAUCUCACCGUACCUGGGGGGUGUAGGCGUGGCCUCCAUGACCGUCUCCUUCUUAGUGGGAUUGUUUUAUAACACCAUCCUGGCCUGGGUGCUCUGGUACUUCUUCCAUUCCUUCCAAAAUCCUCUGCCAUGGAGCUACUGCCCGGUCAAUGCCAACCGCACCGGGUUCGUGGUGGAAUGUGAGAAGAGUUCUCCGGUGAACUAUUUCUGGUACAGAGAGACGCUGAACGUGACUCCAGAUAUUGUGGAUGGUGGGGGUCUGCAGUGGUGGAUGGUUAUCUGUCUGGCGUCGGCGUGGUGCAUCGUGUACAUCUGCUUUAUUCGGGGCAUUGAGACCAUCGGGAAGGCCACGUACGUCACAGCAACAUUCCCGUACCUAGUGCUCACCAUCUUCCUCAUCCGGGCUCUAACUCUGCCGGGGGCCACGAUCGGACUGCGUCACCUUUUCACGCCCAAUUGGGAGACGCUGAAGAACCCGACGGUGUGGUUGGACGCUUCGACCCAGAUCUUCUUCUCUCUGUCGUUGGCUUUUGGAGGACUGAUCGCAUUUUCCAGUUACAACCCGGAGAAAAAUAACUGUCAGAGUGAUGCUGUUCUAGUCGGGUGCAUCAACAGCGCCACGUCCAUCUACGCAUCCAUCCCCAUCUUCUCCAUCCUGGGAUUUAAAGCACUGUCCAGUUUUAAUGAGUGUUUACAGGGGAACAUUGACAUCUUGACGAACGCUUUAAAUCUUCCUGACAUGAACAUAACGAUCGAAAAUUACGAUGAGAAGUUCCUCUGGCUGAACGCGUCGUAUCCAGACCAGGUGGAGAAACUUCAGCUGGCGUCGUGUGAUCUGCAGGCGUUCCUGGAUCAGAGCGCCUCGGGCACAGGUCUGGCCUUCAUCGUCUUCACGGAGGCAGUGAUCAAGAUGCCAGGCUCUCAGGUCUGGGCCGUGCUCUUCUUCAUCAUGCUCUUCAGUCUGGGACUCUCCUCCAUGUUUGGAAAUCUGGAGGGGGUGCUGACACCCCUGCUGGACCUGCACAUGGUGCCCAAGUGCAUCCCCAAAGAAAUAUUCACAGGUCUGAUGUGCCUGUUCUCGUUCACCGUGGCCCUCAUCUUCACUCAGGGGUCGGGGAACUACUGGCUGACCAUUUUUAAUAACUACGUGGGCUCCCUGCCUCUGCUGGUCAUCGCCUUCUUCGAGAUCACAGCGGUCAUGUACAUCUACGGAGCUAAGAGAUUCUCGGACGAUGUGGAGUGGAUGACCGGACACAGACCCAACCUGUACUGGCAGGCGACCUGGAGGGUGAUCAGCCCCCUGAUGCUGCUGCUGGUCUUCCUGGCUUACCUGGUGGUGCAGGCACAGGAGAACCCCACGUAUGAAGCAUGGAACCCCAAUUAUAAAGAGUUUCCUGCCCCUGAAGUGCUGACGUAUCCAGGAUGGGUUUACUCUAUCUGCAUUCUUCUGGCCGCCGUUCCCUGCUCGUUUAUUCCACUUUGGGCUCUUUAUCAAUUUAUUCAAUUUUUACGGAAGCGCCAUGCAGACAGAAAUUUAAAAAGAUUAUCUUACAAUAAUGAAGGUUAUGUGGUGGAAACGUAAACAAUAUAAGUUAUAAAAUAUUAGUUUUUAUUUUUAAGUUAAACUGACCAGCUGUGGGGACACGAUGGACCCUAUUUUUAUAAUCAUAGUCCUAACAUAGAAAUAUGAAGGGUGUGGAGAAACCAUAAUGAUAACAUGAUAAUAAUUUCACUUAUAAUUUAAUUGAUAGAUUUCAUAUAGGCGUUUUAUAUUUUCUAAUAACUGGCUGGGUGACAAAAGGAAUUUUGUACAGGAGUCUCUUUUCUGUCUCUAUUUUACUGCUAGUGUCACAAGUCUUGGGUUGUCACUCACUGGUGGAUCGAGUAGCUGGCGUUGGUGGUAUACAAUUCAAGUCAAACACAGUCCGAGAUCUACAACUGUAAUAAAAAACAAGCAUUAUUUAUUCAUGUACAGUAUUCAAUGACAACACCUAGAGGGAAUUUAGACUAGCUGAUCCACCUUUUGUGUGUUUUUGGGAGGAGAUACAUAAAGAACUCCUUACAGACAGCGAGGUUUGAACCUAGGUCCCUGGGACUGGGACCCACACUACUUUUUUGGGCAAAAACUCAAAGAACGAAAAAAGACUGAACACCAGAGAAUUAACAGCUGUCAGAGUCCAUAAAAACAACAUUGAUGUUCAUUAAUUCAUUCACUUACCACCACUUAAUCCUGGUCAGGGUCACAGUGGGUCUGAUAAUUUGUGUGAAAGGUUGGAAAUACCCCAGACAGGUUGCCAGUCCAUCACAUAUACACACACACACACACACACACACACACACACACACACACACACUGAGGGUAGUUUCUAGUAGCUCCAGUUGUACUGACUGCACGUCUUUGUACUGUGGGAGGAAACCAGAGCACCCAGAGGAAAGCCACACAGAAAGGUCCCUGGUGAUCCGGCUAGGGAAUCGAACCCAGACCCUUCUCUCGGUAAGGUGACAGUGCCACCCAAUGCACAACAGUGCCGCCCCACAUUGUUGUUAAUGAUGUAGAAUACAGUUCUUGAAGAAAAA